AUGGAUCCCUCUCCAGUAUCAUGUGCAGACAAAAUAUCAUCAACUACGUGCAGCAGUGCUGUAGUAGUGCUAUGUCCCUUCCUGAAACUUGAUUGUUUCGAAGGCAAGAUUGCGUUGAAGAAGGCGUUGGUCUCCAGAUUCAGGCUGGGAGCGAACCAGCGCAGCGCGCUGGGUGGGAGCAAACAAUAUCUAAUAAAGAUCGGCAGACCGCAACAAUCGGAAGUAGACGAACGCGAAGAUGUGCAGAAGAAAACUUUUGCGAAAUGGAUCAAUUCACAACUAGUCAAAAACAACAAGCAGCCGGUAGAAGAGUUGGUGGCGGAUCUACGCGACGGAGAGGUGCUGCUGUCGUUGCUGGAGAUCCUCACAGCGCAGCAAUAUAAACGCGAGCGCGGGCGCAUGCGCGUGCACCACGUGAACAACGUAAACACGGCGCUGGCGGCGCUCGAAAGCAGCGGCGUCAAGUUGGUGAACAUCAGCGCAGCGGAUGUCGUCGACGGGAACCCGAAGCUCAUUCUCGGGCUUGUGUGGAGCAUCAUCGUGCAUUGGCAGGUGCACAUGCACCUACGCGAGCUUGCGCCCGACACACACCAUUCUACGCUGGAACGCACGUUGCUGGCCUGGUGUCGCGCACACACCCAGAAUUACAGCGGGGUGGAGGUGCGCGAUUUUACGACGUCGUGGUCGGACGGGUUGGCACUGAACGCGCUACUGCACCGCUGGCGGCCGCAGCUGUUCGAUUACGCGGCCGUGUUGCGGCGUGCGCCGGUUGCGCGGCUCGAACACGCCUUCGCGCUUGCGCAUACACAUCUCGGUAUCCCGAGGUUGCUCGACCCCGAAGACGUUCACACCCCGCGGCCGGACAAGAAGUCGAUCAUGAUGUACGUGAUGUGCCUGUUCCAAGCGCUCCCGCACGGCGCGGAGGACGCGUCUCCGGCGCGGCUC